AUGCACUUGGGCCAAGACAACAAUGGAGCGAAAAGUCGAGUCAAGCCCCUGCAGUCAGCCUGUAGGCAAUCACAUGUGAAUUAUAUACAAGAUUUGAGCCCCAUGGCUAGGUACACAGAGGAGGAGCUACAGCACAAGUGCAAACAUGCAAGUGUCAGACUUGACCUCGCAUCAUCAUACUAG